AUGCCCGCCGCGCCCGCGUCGCCGUACGUGCCUCCGGCGCCGGUCACUGCGGCGGCCCCGUCGGCCCCGGUGUCAGUCUUCUCGUCGGCGCCGCCACGCGGAGAGCCGGUGCGCCUGUACCGGGAUAAGCGCGACGAGGAACGCAACACAGACAAGUACGAGGACAUGUCGGCCGUCUUCUCCGUCAUCACGGCCACCGAGCGCUUGGAGAACAUCUGGGCGCGGUGGGGCGCCAUUAGCCAGGAUGACUAUGAGCGCCAGUGCGAGCUGCUCAUCCAGCAGUACAAGGUGCUUACGGCGAGCACGGCUGAGUUUAUACCCAAGAUUGAUAAGUUCAUUCAUGAGUACGAUAUCAAGGCGAGCAAGGCCCGCCCGAGACUCGCGUGUGGGUACCCUGUUACUGUUAAGGGCCCAAAGGAGCCCAAGCAUCAAAACAAGUUUGUCUUCCGCUGCACCAGCUUGUUUCAUCAUUUGGGUACCUGCAUUGAUACCAAUCAAGUGGCAGUUGGCUUUUUGCUCCCGGAUCUUAUCUCGCUCAUGAAGACGUUGAAGAGCAUUUCCUCCCUGCCGCAGGACUUUGUGUUUAAUGCUCGCGUCGAGUUUUGGGUCGAAAAGCUUAAUGCCAUGCCGGCCUCCUUCGAGCUUACGUUUGAUGACGCUAGUCAACUCAAGCUCGACCUGGACAACGGCUACGCAGAACUAGAAGCCGCCAUUAGCAACUAG